ACACUCGACUGCUCUGCCCCUCCUCUUCGCCUCCGUUUCCAAAAGUGCCAGCACUCAGAGAGACGCCAGGCCAGACACCAUGGAUAUCACCAUCCAGCACCCCUGGUUCAGACGGCCCCUUGGAUCCAUCUACCCCCCUCGCCUGUUCGACCAGUAUUUCGGGGAGGGUAUGUUCGAGUAUGACUUCCUGCCCUACGCCACCUCCACCAUCAGCCCUUACUACAGGCACUCCCUCUUUCGCAACCUUCUGGAAUCUUCCAACUCCGGCAUCUCUGAGGUGAGAUCCGACAGGGACAAGUUCACAGUCUACCUGGACGUGAAACACUUCUCGCCCGAGGAAAUCAGCGUCAAGGUCAUGGACGACUACGUCGAGAUCCAGGGGAAGCACGGCGAGAGACAGGAUGACCAUGGCUUUGUCUCGCGUGAGUUUGUCCGCCGUUACCGCCUGCCCUCCAGCGUGGACCAAUCAGCAGUCACCAGCACGCUGUCCUCCAACGGCCUGCUCAUCAUCUCUGGGCCAAAGGUCACCUCAGGACCAGAGAGCGUCCGCAGCGACCGCAACAUCCCAGUCGUCCGCGACGACAAGACCAGCUCCACACCCUCUUCUUAGGGGGGUGGGCGUGUCCCUUCAGCUGGCGCGUAGCAGAGAGGGCGUGAGGGAACGGCAGUUGCCGAGGGGGGUGUGUCUUCAGUAGGACCACUGAGGUGGGGUGGGGUGGGGGGUAGGGGGGGUUAUGAGGCCAAAUCUAUUCUCUCUAUCCCACUAUACCCAACCCCCAUGAGCCAUCUCAUAGUCAUCUCAGUGCAUAUCUACUUCAUUUUAUUCUGCUUUUGGUCAUAUUACUAUUGUAUUAUCAAUAUAAUUAGGGUUAUUAUAAUUUAUUUCUAGGCUGGGUGGAGGAAGGCUGGUGCCAAAAAAAAAAACCGAGAAAGACAAGCGAAUGGAAGUCAUAGAUCUGAUGGGAAAACAGAACGGAUACUGAGGUGUCCACAGCGCUGAAUCACCCUCUCCCUCACCCAAGAAACUCUCUCUGUCGCUGACUAUAAAGAGACCACACGCUAGCCGCACCACACAAACACAACAUCCAGAGCCCAGAAAAACUCUAACUCUGGGGAAGACGCAGCGUUCUCACACGCUAGCUAGCUUCCGGUCUUCCUCUGCAUAAAAUGAUGUGUGUGAAGAACGAGCCGCGCUUCGAACCCAAGACAGAGACGAGGAGAGAUUGAGCUCUGAUUUAGGCUCACGCUAAGCCAUUCACCACAGAGAGCAUUUACCACCACCGAGAGCAUUCAUCCACCUGGCUUUGUCAACUCACCCAAAUCCUUCUUUUUUUGUCAUUAAAAUCCUUCCUGUCCUGUAGUCUUUGCCCUGUCAAACUGAUUUUCUGGCACCCGAGAACCUGAAAAGUCUCCUAAAAAAGUCAAUAAAGCUGUUAAAUUAAAAAAAGACAAGUGCCCACU